AUGUACAAGCGUUCCUUAGGUGAUCGCCUUCGUGCAUGCUUACUGUCGCCUAAUUUGACAGCAUAUGUCACUGAUCUUUCAGCAAAAAUCUUUGAUUUUUCCAAGAAAAAUCCAUCGGUCUUCAAAAUCUCUGUGGAAGCACUGCAGGACUCUGAUGCUAUGGAUCGGCUUGAUGUACUGAUGAAGAAGAUACUGACAGCACAGCGGGGAAAUAUGAAACAGAAGCUUAUUGCAUCAAUCGAGAAACGCUCAGAUCUAAGCACACUGGCCCGCAGUCUUGCAGGCAACUGCACAGAGCUCACAAUGGCGCACUGGGCCCGGAUCGCAUUCAUGCGAUCUUUCCUAAUUGACUUCCGAACAUUAUGUUCUCACCAGAAGACCACUAACGCUCAACUCGAAGAAGCAUCAACAGGUCCGAGUCUGCAGCCCCAGACUGACGAAGGUGGUGACAAUAAUAUACCAAUUGGUACUACUGCCAGUGCGAGCCAUGAACUUGGAGAGGAUGGGGAGGAUGAUAAUGACAAUGAGGAGGAGCGCACCUGGUCUUUUAGCCAGUAUUGGGAGUACCUUGAUAAGGUUCUUGACGAGCUUAAAGAGGAGGCUCGACAAAAGCAUGCGUUUCCUCAAGCACGCGCUGAUUAUAUCAAACAAUUUUUCACCAAAUGUCUUCAGCAAGACCUCCAGAUAUUCCCUGGUGGCGGUUCAUUAGCUCCAAGUUUGGAUUCGGUCACUUACGACACGUACGACACAAAUAAGUCAGAGAGAGCCCAAGAAGAUCUCAUACCUUUAGGAUACAAUUUUACACGACCUGUAUAUCUCCAAAUCAUAACUGCGUGGCAGCUGAAGAUCACUGACGAGGAUAUUAUCGCACAAACGUUCCUCGUUUCAGUGCUUCAGAGACAUUUUGUCUUGAAACUCCGAGAUAAUAUCCCGCUUCUCUUCAACACCAGUACCUAG